ACUAUACACCACGCAGUACAUGCAUCUAUUGAGCAUGUUCUGGAUGUGAACCACUGGUUUGUCAUAGUUAUGGAAGUGAUGUCAAUCGUCCGUCCGUCCGUCCGUCCCAGCGGUCUGUAAGAGCCAGGGGCAUUCCUGGAAUACCAGAAAUGUCUAGUCAAACUAAGACCUAGAUGUGAAGAAUAGAUCCUGCUCACUGGAGAAUAAAGGGCAGCCUUUGUUGCAUUGUACAUUAAUGUAGCAUCAGCAAAACACAAAAGAAAAGGAGAACUUUCAUUGGUUUGCAGCACUCAGGAGGCCUUCAGUCAUACGAAACUACUUUUAAUAUAUUAACUGGUGGUCUAGAAGACGGUUGGAAUAUUAUGCUGCUCUUUUGAGAAUGUGCAGGGCACCGGACAAAGCUGUCUCAGGCUGUGUUGAAUAACAAGAACUGAAAGGACCACUAGUGUUAUAUAAUAUCGAAUGCAUCAUAUCAUCCGGCAUUACUAUUUGAGGUGGUUUGAUAGCUAAAGUCUGUCUGUCUUCAGUUUGUGAAAUAAUAGGCGACUAACAUGACGCAGGAGUACCCAGCAGUCUUGGCGACAUUCCUCCUCGUCUUCUUCACGACGGUCGGCUGCAAUCUGAUUCGGUCUCUGACCAAGAGAAUCCUGCGCAACGAUCCGGUCUGGUACAGCUAUGCUGCGGAACUCAUCUCCACGUUCCAACUGGUCGCAGGCGUCAUAGAGGGCGACAUCAUAUUGGAGGAGUACGGCCUCUACUGGUACGCUCUCUAUCUCUGGAUUCUCUUCGUGUCUGAGAGCCUUACGUUCGACGGCGACUCCACAGCCAACACCUGUAUGAUCUGGCAGUCCAUGCUCAAAGGUGACUUUAGCCCUGGGGCGGCACUAUCCAAGAUAUGCCUUCAGGUGGUCGGAGGGCAACUAGCAUAUCCCUACGUGCGCUUCAUGUGGAAGGUGGUACCGACCAAUCGUCAUCAGAGGAAGGUCUCGCACCUGCUACAGGUCUACUGUGCUUCUGCAUUGAACGUCUCUAUCCUGGAAGGUGGCUUUGCAGAAGCUUUGGCCACCCUGACCUAUUUCAUGACCCUCAACUUUCAGCCAAAAGGAAAGUACAGUGGAAUGUUUGCUGAUGCCGCAAUCCAGGUUUUGAUCAUCGUCACAGGUUUGGAGUGGACUGGGAUGAUGUUUAACCCUGCCCUGGCCGCAGGAAUCACCUUGAACUGUGGUAACCAAAGCCUCUUGGAGCACCUCUUGGUCUACUGGGCUGCACCGCUGGCGACCGUCCCUCUCGCUAGGGCCAUAGCAGGCGCCUUCAACAGGCCAACACCAGCGGUACCCCCUACCAAAGAGGACUAAGGGGGUACCGUCAUUAUUCAGGGUGCCAUGGACUUAAUUCAGGCACCACUACAAGGAUAGGGGAUUUCAUCAUUACUGUUUGGACUGCAUUUCUGAGCUACAUGUAUACCCCUUUAGCUAGGGCCAAUAUAAGCCCCAUUGAAGGGGCAGUACCAUGCAUGCACCAUAGAGAAACGAGGUGGUAUCUAAAGGUUUUUUUUUUUUUGGGGGGGGG